AACCGGAAGCAACACAAACAGAUGCUGAUAAAUAUGUUCGAUGCAGCGGAGCGCGCGGAGCAGCUGCGUGUGAAAUAACGUAUUACUGUUGAUUUUAUUGUUUUGUUUUUACCGUUAUAUUUUAAUCUUAGUUUUAUCAGUAUUUGUGUUAUUAUUAUAAUGAAGGGUGUGUGUGUGUGGUCUCUGCUCGCAGUGUGUGUGUUGCGUGUGUGUGUCGCGUACAAACCGGUGAUCGUUGUUCACGGGCUCUUCGACAGUUCUACAGACUUUAUCAACCUGCACAGAUUCAUCAAGCAGUCUCACCCAGGCACUAAUGUGUCAGUCAUCGAUCUGUUUGACCGCAGUGCCAGUCUGCAGCCACUCUGGAAGCAGGUGGAGGGCUUCACUCUGGCCAUAUAUCCCAUCAUGCAAAACGCAGCUGACGGCGUCCACCUCAUCUGUUACUCGCAAGGUGGCCUGGUAUGUCGAGGAAUUCUGUCCACACUUCCAGACCAUAAUGUGCACUCUUUCAUAUCGCUCUCUUCACCACAGGCGGGACAGUAUGGAGACACAGAUUACCUGAAGUACCUGUUCCCACAGUUUGUCAAAUCGAAUCUGUUUCACGUGUGCUACACUUCAGUGGGUCAGAAAAUCUCCAUCUGUAACUACUGGAACGACCCUCAUCACAGAGACAUGUACAUCAACAGCAGUGACUAUCUGGCCUUACUGAACAGUGAAAGAGCAAAUCCCAACACAACCGUUUGGAAACAAAACUUUCUUCGCAUUAAGAAGCUGGUGCUGAUUGGUGGCCCGGAUGAUGGAGUCAUCACACCAUGGCAGUCCAGCCAGUUUGGUUUCUAUGAUGGUAAUGAAACUGUUGUUGAGAUGAAAAACCAGAAAGUGUUUUUGAUGGACUCGUUUGGUCUCAAGACGCUGUACGCUCGAGGUGAUGUGGCUUUUUGUUCAAUGGCAGGUGUUGCACAUGUCUUCUGGCACUCCAAUGAAACCGUGUACAAAAACUGCAUUGAGAAGUGGCUUACAUAGAGACAGACACACUCCAUAAAACAUCUCUUUUUAUAUUCAUUUAUACAGUCUUGUACAUUUUCUUACAUUAUGCUAAUGCAGAGAAUCACAAAACAUAUUACUGUGUUAGUGCCCAUUGAAUACCUCUAGCCUUUGGAAACAAACUCAGUUUUGAAAACAUGUUAGGAUAUAGAUGUAUGUAUAAAAAAAUAGACACAAACACUAAAUCUAAGUAAUAACCAUCUGUGCCUGAGAGAUCAUUUUCUCAUCUUGCUAAAAAAAGGUUUGGAUCUGUUUUUUUUGUGUCUCUUUUUUUGCUUUAAAUGUAAUGUAAUUUGAGGACUGCUACAGUAACAUGCCUUACAUGUGUUUUAGUCUGUCCUUGAUUGUCUAAAAUGCAAGUGCCAUGAUACACUGUAUUGUAGUAACAGAUGCUACGAGAAGGAAAGGAAUGCGUUAAAGGGUUAAAAAGGGAUAAGAGAUUAAAUGGAAAGGGAAUUCAUGGAAGUGCUAUAUUAGCAUUUGCAGUGUAUGUAACAUAACCUCUCAUUUCACAUCCUGUGAGCCUCAGGCCAAAAAUUGCUUGUUUUACUUUAUUAUAAGGGAAAGGCCAUGGAGGGUUUCGCCUCUGAAAAGCUAAUUCAUCUCAGUUGUUAAGUGUUUGUGUUCAGAUAUUUAAGAUUAUUUGUACUGUUUUAUGGUAAUAGAAAAUAGGAAAAGGUGUUAUGUUCAAGUACUCACAUAGUUAUGGAAUUAUUACCCAGAUGUGUUUGAGAAUUGUAAGCACAAUGUGAUUCAAAUGCAUUCAGAUGAAAUGAACCUGUGAGUUAUGAAGAUGUACAAAACCUAUUUUGUUGUAUUUAUUAAUAUCAUGGCAGUGUUAUGUGUAUUUUAAUGUUCUGGCCUGUUUUAUGUAUUUUAUAAAGGAAGGUUUACCAUUGUAGUUUUGAAUAAAGAAACUGUGUGAGAGAUGUUUUAACUGUUGAACUACA